AGUCUCUCGCAACGUGUCUUAUAAAUUGGUCUCUAACUGCUUCGCGUUCGGAUAACGUCAUUGUAUACACGCUCCUUGCCAAACAAAAUUAUCGAAUUUCCUUCAAGAGUGCGUGGCUACUGUGUUCGUGCUCGGUUAAGUAAGCCAUCUCAAUUAUUGCCUUGUAACUGACACACACGGAGCAAUUAAUGCUAAGAUGAGAAGAAUAUAAGAUUGACGAAUGGAAUAGAGAAGAGCGGUUCGGGAAUGAUCACGGGACUACUGGUCUAUUUUGUGUGUGUGGCCGCAUCAAAAAGCAUACAAAUAGAUCAGCAGGUUGCUGUCAGUGUCUCAGGAGAUAUAAUCCUCGGAGGAUUAUUUCCAGUUCAUACCAAAGGAGACAAAACACCAUGUGGUCCUCAAAUUUAUCAUCGAGGUGUCCAACGUCUCGAAGCCAUGAUGUUUGCUAUCGAUAGCAUUAACAGAGAUCCUAAUAUUUUGCCAAAUGUUACGCUGGGGGUACAUAUAUUAGACACGUGCUCACGUGAUACAUAUGCUCUUAAUCAAAGUCUGCAGUUUGUCAAAGCCUCACUAAAUAGCAUCGAUACAUCGUCUUUUGAAUGUGCGGAUCAUUCGGUACCUGUUCCUCGGAACAACUACUCUGGUCCAGUAUUCGGAGUUGUAGGAGGCUCUUACAGUUCUGUAUCGUUACAAGUUGCUAAUCUUCUGGGACUAUUUCACAUUCCCCAAAUCUCGCCGGCCUCUACAGCAAAGGCAUUAAGCGACAAAACAAGAUUUAAAUAUUUCGCCAGGACUGUUCCUCCAGACACCUUCCAGUCGAGUGCUUUAGUCGACAUUGUCAAAAGUGUCAAUUGGUCCUACGUAUCUACGAUUUAUUCAGAAGGAUCCUACGGGGAAUAUGGCAUUGAAGUGUUCCAUAGGGAGGCGCAGGAGCGGAAUGUUUGUAUCGCCACCGCUGAAAAAGUACCCAGUGCUGCCGAUGAUAAGGAAUUUGACAAUAUCAUACAUAAACUUAAAAAGAAAAUAAAUGCGAAAGGAGUGGUACUUUUUACCAGAGCGGAGGAUGCAAGGCGAAUUCUUCAAGCUGCCAAAAGAGGUAAUGCCAGUCAAACUUUUUAUUGGGUAGCUAGUGAUGGCUGGGGUAAACAACAAAAACUUGUCGAAGGAGUGGAAGAUGUUGCCGAGGGAGCUAUUACAGUGGAGCUACAAUCUAAUUCUAUACCUGGAUUCGACAAAUAUAUGAUGUCCUUGACUCCAGAAAAAAAUAGUAGGAAUCCGUGGUUUGAGCAAUAUUGGGAGGAUACAUUUGGAUGUAUGCUUGAGAAAAACAUUCCACUUGAAACAAACCAUACAUUCAAUGUCUGCAGUGCAGAUUUAAGACUGUCACAAAGUGUUGGAUAUGAACAAGAAAGUAAAGUACAGUUUGUAGUAGACGCAGUAUAUGCAUUUGCGUUGGCACUUCACAAUCUUUACGAAGAUUUGUGCAAAGACUACAAUCAAACAGGAGUAUGUCCAGCAAUGACACAAUACGAUGGCGGAGACUUCUACAAGAAAUAUUUACUCAACGUUUCUUUUACUGAUUUAGCCGGUAGUCCUGUCAAAUUUGAUACUUGCGGAGAUGGUUUGGCUAGAUAUGAUAUUCUCAACUACCAAAGACUACUCAAUGCCUCAGGAUAUCAUUAUCGUAAAGUUGGGAAAUGGUUUAAUUAUCUCCAACUUGAUCCAAAUCACUUGGUUUUCGAGAAUAAUGCCACUACUGUUCCAACAUCAGCAUGUUCCCUUCCUUGUGAACCCGGCAUGAUUAAAAAACAGCAGGGCGACACAUGCUGCUGGAUAUGCGACAAGUGCGAGGAAUACGAAUUUGUAUAUGAUGAAUUCACAUGUAAGGAUUGUGGCCCAGGCUAUUGGCCGUAUAUAGACAAAUUAUCUUGCUAUGCACUAGAAUUGCAGUACAUGCGUUGGAACACUCCUUAUGCCUUUGUUCCUGCAGCUUUCUCAUGCCUGGGAAUUUUAGUAACUUUCGCAGUAAUUAUUUUAUUUGUCAAGCAUAACGAUACACCAUUAGUCCGGGCUUCCGGAAGGGAACUCAGCUACAUGUUGCUGUUUGGAAUCUUGCUCUGUUAUUUGAACACCUUCGCUUUACUUGCAAAACCUACAACGGAAAUUUGUAUAACACAGAGAUUCGGCAUUGGAGUAGGUUUUUCUAUAAUAUACGGGGCACUCCUAACAAAAACUAAUAGAAUUUCUCGUAUAUUUGACUCUGCGUCAAAAUCCGCCCAACGGCCAAGUUACAUUAGUCCUAAAUCACAAGUGAUUAUCACAUGUUCCUUAAUUGCUGUUCAAAUUAUACUCACGCUCGUAUGGAUGAUUGUUGAACCACCAGGGACGCGAUUCCAUUAUCCCACAAGGAAUCAGGUUAUUCUAAAGUGCAAGAUCCAGGAUAUGUCGUUCUUAUUCAGUCAGCUGUAUAAUAUGGUUUUGAUCACAACUUGUACAGUAUACGCAGUAAAAACUCGAAAAAUACCAGAAAAUUUCAACGAGUCUAAGUUUAUUGGGUUCACCAUGUACACUACUUGCAUCAUAUGGCUGGCAUUUAUUCCAAUUUACUUUGGAACAGGAAACGCUUAUGAGACCCAACUGACCACUCUAUGCGUGGCGACCAGUAUGAAUGCUACAGUCGCUUUAGUCUGUCUCUAUUCUCCGAAAGUUUACAUCAUCGUUCUCCAUCCUGACAAAAAUGUACGAAAACUAACGAUGAAUAGCGCAGCAUACAAAAAAUAUAAUUCCAGCUCGGCACCUACGUCAACGUAUGCACCAGCACCUUCGUCGACACAGAAAGUGAGCUCUGAUGGUACUGAAACGAUACUAAUGCAACGGGUUGGUAGUAGUGGUGGUUGUGGUACUACCACCACUACUACAGCUAGUACCAAUAACGCUCCGAAUACUCCAUUAAAAAGCUCUUGUACUGGAGUAAACACUGAACCAAUGGACAAUAUAGCACUACUAUAGGGAAAAGAAAAGUCCAACGUACUUGAAGACGAAGGACAAAAAAUUCCAACACAAGCAGAUGUACACAUAUAGAGUUGAUCUCUCGAAUGAUCUUCUUCUAAAAAUUAUCUUCAAAUAGCUCUAAACCAAAGUCUGAAUAUAAGUUUGUAUGUAAAUGUCAAUAUAUGGUCAAUUAGUGUGUAAACAAUGAUCCUACGUAUAAAUCAAAACAGAAAUUGUCCAUAUCUAUAUUGACAUGUAUUUAUCUUUAAUUGAAGAGGUUUUAAUGACAGUACUGAAAAUAUAUAGGAUAAAUACAAACAUCGCGAGUCAGUUAACCAGAAGAAGGUACAAAGUCAUAUUUAAUUUUAUACUUGUAUAAUAUAGAGAUAUACACCUACGAAGGAUUUAUCCUACAAAUUUUUAGUGCACUCUUUAGAAACACGCUUUGAAUAGAAGUUUCUCUUCGAUAUCAUAUAUUUAGUUACCUCAAAAAACUUGUUUAUUUAGAUAUUUUAUUUAUUCACAUAUACUCUCAAAAAAUAUUCAAUUUCGUAAAAAAAUUGAAAAGGACUGAUGGGAAUAUAUGUUUAUCUGUUGUGAUAUUCCGUUAAAAAUUAUUAUAGUUCACAUUUUAGUAUUAUCACUUCUUCAGAAAUCCAUUCAACAUUAGCUCAACUAUAUCUGUUACCUCAUAUAACCCAUUAACAAUUUGUGGAUGUGUACGGAAACAGUUUAUUACUUCUGCAUACAAUAAAUAUAAUAACUCUUAGAUUUAAAAAAAAAAAUAACAUUUCAAAUAGAAUGAUGGUUUCUGAAAUGACAUUAUUUGCAGAUAUUUGAAAAUAAACUCACUAAUACUAUGAUAGUACUGUUAAAAACAAAAGUAUGGAAAAAUCUUUUCUAAAUGAACUAUAUAUUUAAAAUCGCAAGAAUGGACAAAGUAUGUUAAUACUAUUAGUUGCACUGAGAUGUUUGAGAUGUUUUAAAACCAAUAAAUAAAACUGUCACAAAAAUUAGAUUGAAUGCCAGGCUAGAUACAAAAUGAACAAUCGCCAAAAUAUGUGAUAGAACUAAUAAUUGUCUACCAACACGGUAAGCUCAGUGAUUGACAGAGAAAUGUUCCUGUGAACAAAAGAAGAAAUUACGGAGUAAAUUCUGUAUCAAAGCGACAGUUUGGUAUACAUAUGGCUCUUAAUUAAUUAAUAUAGAAAAGGCUGAUAGAUUUUAUAGGUAAAAUAAUGCUGGAGAAUAUAAUCUAUAUGUUGAGGACCACAAUAGCACUGGAAAAUCUCUGCACAACUAGGAAAUCUAAUCUAAAUUUAAAGGACCACAAUACAUCUGGAAAGGUCGGAGUGCAAUAGGUCAUCAGCGACAUCUACGAAAAAAAUGUGAAUUACUGAAUACCAGGUAGAUAGAAAUAAUUACUAUCAGCUCUCCAAGCAAAAUCAACCAAGUAGUAAACAGCGAAGAUAUACAAGGUGUCCCGCAUAAGAACCGACAUCGACACAAUGGAGGGACAUAUAGGGAAACUAAGUCAAAAAUAUGAAGAUUGGGGACAAUUUACUUCUAUACCAAGUUGCAUCGCUGAGGAGUAAUAAGGCUUUAAAGUAGGAGCCAAAUAUUAGUAUAUACAAAUUUGGUGCAGACUAGGGAACUGUUAAGAAUAUUUAGUUAUGGUAAGUAGAAAACGAUCAAACCAUUCUGGAGGGUAAAUUAGGGGUGACUUAACUUUAAAAUUUUUCACAAGUUUUCUAUCUGUCAGUGAAAUUAAAAAUUUUUAUUUCCAUACCAUGGAUAAUUUAAUUUAAAAACUUCGUUUUCAUCAACAUGUUUUCAUCAAUGCAAUUCAAUAAUUUUAUUAGUUUUUUAGCGUACGGACAUGUUUUUCGAUCGCUGUGUUAUCAAUUGUACUCUGGCAAAAACAAAAUGAAAGUGAAAGAAUAUGAAACCAAUAAUAUAAAUUAAUAAUAAAGUAUAAAAACUGGUUAUCAUAUUCUAGGUAAAAAUGAACAGGAUAACGAAAGAACCAAUAAACCUCUUCCUAGAGUAAUAAAAAUAGAAUCCUCAAAAAUAAUGAGAAGAGAAACGUAAUACAUGAGAUGCCAAAAGUACGAACGUAUUACAACACACAAUAUGUAUGCGUUAAAAGUGGUGGACCACACAACACUACAACCUGCAGAAAAACCAGCGAUACUUCAGCUGAAUGUACUUUAUGCAUUAACUGUGAAGGUUAUGAGUUCUAUCACAAACUUUUGAAACCAAAUAAAGCAUCACCCACAAUCCAAACGAACCACUAUGGUAGUACCAAUUUCUCACACUCAACAUCAAAGAAAACAAUUCAUAAUCCAUGCUAAUAUAACUAAAACCAACACUGAACAAAUGACAAGAUAUAAAUAGCAUAAUGAGCAAAUUCAUAGAAGAGUUUAAAAAAAAUUUCACCAACUUCUUCAACAGAACAGCAUAGUUUUAGAUAUGCUAACCAUGCUUGUGAGUAGAAUUCAAUAGUUUUAUCAAAGCGGCACAAUGGAAUGUUAAUGCACUACUACAACAUAGAAACGAAGUCGAAAUAUUUCUACUCCACAAUUAAUUAAUAUCGUAUCUGAUAAGCAAAACACCUUUGACAGAUAGAUCCUACUUCAAGAUUCCACACUACACUACAUACUCUACUAAUACCCAUGCUGGUUGUGCCAUACUAAUCAGAUGUUCCUUUUACUAUGUAGAACUACCAAUAUAUGAAUUCGACAAUAUACAAGCCACAAACAGAAAAGUCAAAACUUAUGAGUUAACAAUGGUAUCUUUUUACUUUGCACCUCGUCACAAUUUGAAGAAAGAAAACUUCAAUAAUCUCUUUGGGACACACUACAAUAAAAGGAAGGGUUCUAGUAAGAAGUAUAGAAGAAAAGCAUUAUCAAUUAUUAUCAACUGAAUCUACUACCUAUUGGCCGACGGACUCCAAUAAGGUUCCUGAUUUACUGGAUUUAUUCAUAACUAAUGGCAUUUCAUCUGAGUAUAUGGGGGUUGUACCAAACUAUGACCUCUAAUCUAACCACUCUUCUAUAAGAGCUACAGUCAACUAUAUAAUCAUCAAUAAAAAACCAAAGCGAAACCUAUACAACAGCGAACAAAUUGGUUUGAAUAUCAAUCCAAACUAGAAGAAGACAUUAAACUGCAAAAAAGACGGCAACGGAAAUGGAAAUGAAGCAUUAACAACAUUAUCUAGUACCCUUAAAGAGGCAGUAGAGCAUGCCACACCAGAAACAAAUAAUGGGAGUGAAACGUUUAAAGUUCCAAUUGAGAUGAAGAAUCUGAUAGCAGAUAGAAGAAAAGCAAAAUGGCAUCGAACUCAUGCACCAUCAGAUAAAACAAUACUUAACAGAAUAAGUAACCAAAUGAGAAUAAAAAUAAAAGGAGCAAAAGAAAGAAGAGAUUACAUCACUGUCUUAUCCGAUUUGAAAACUCAAUUUGGCAACCAGUCAAAAAUCUAGG